GGCUUCUAGCGAAUCAAAGAUGGUGUCUUGCAUAAGAUUUACGUGACAUUCUGGACAUUUCGUCUUUAAUGUGUGAUUAAGUCGAAUUCUGCCUUUAAUGAGAAUUCGACAUAAUGCCUAAAUACUACGAAGACAAAGAGGAGGACACUCGAGCCUGCUCCGGCAUUAGAGAAGAUUUCAGAGCAUGCCUUCUUCAACACGACUGUGUGGUAAAGGGGGGGAAGUUGCCCAGUGAAUGUCUGAAGGAAGGUGCCUGCAAGGCGCUCCAAACCUCAUUCUUCGAGUGCAAAAGGUCGAUGCUGGAUAACAGGUCUAGGUUCAGGGGACGAAAGGGCUACUGAUCUGUUCUGGUGCUGAGUGACGGACUGGCUGUGGUCUGUGUAACAGGAAGAGGGCUGGAUUUGGGAACAUAUAAGUUAUCUAUGAUAACUUAACCGACAGUGUGCGGGUGAAUACAUACUACACUGAUUGCAGUGACAGUGGUGUGUGGCCAUCAAAAAGCGUUGUAAUGGACUGGCUCAGAUGUUGUAUAACCUGAGUGGAUUGGUUUUUAAUGCUCCUACUUAACUGCUGCCACAGAGUAUGUCCCGAAACUAGAAAACACUGAAUUUCUAAUGGGGAUGUUGGAUGAGUUAUCUGUUCUUAAAUGUAAUAAAUGUGUGAUUAAACACUU